CUCACCGACCAAUCAGAGCGCGCCCUCCCCUCCCCGAGGCUCGGCCCCGGUAGCCGAAGGGAGCCGAAGCCCUUCGGCCGUUUCCGCCAGCGGAGCGACGACGGUUGGGCUCGGGGCCGAACCACUUCGGCAGUUUCCGGAAGCCCGGAAGGGAGGCGGUCGAGCGCCUUCGGGUGUCUCCGGCAGGGCCGGGGCUGGCGAGGGAGGACGGCCGGGGUUCCCGCCCGGCGGCUCGGGGCCGGCAUGCGGCUGCUGUCGCGAGCCCUCCGCGCGGCGCACGGCUGCCGGGCGGCGACGCUGCCCGCCCGGAGCUACCGAGCAGUGCCCUCCGGGGGCAGCGCGGCGGCGGGGCCGUGCCCGCCGCAGCCACGGCGCGGUCUGAGCGGCCGGCCCUGCUUAGACGGCCUGUUCGCCACCAACGCAUUGAGCCGCCUCCUGGAGGCGCGGGCGAGCGGCGAGGCGGGGCCGGAGCUGGCGGCGCGGAUCCAGCGGCUGCGCGACAAGGAGCAGGAGCUGCGCGACACGCGGCAGCUGGCGGGGCAAGAUGAAAGUGAAGAUUUGCGGAAGCUUGCAGAAAGGGAAAUCAUUUCCUGUGAAGAAGAGAUAGCUGAACUGAAACACCAGAUAGUAUUGCUUUUGAUUCCUUCAGAAGAAACAGACAACAGUGAUCUUGUCAUGGAAGUAACCGCUGGAGUUGGAGGACAGGAAGCCAUGCUGUUCACGUCAGAGAUAUUCGAUAUGUAUCAACGAUAUGCUGCCUAUAAAAAGUGGAAAUUUGAAACGUUAGAAUACUUUCCCAGUGAAAUAGGUGGCCUAAGACGUGCGGUUGCCAGUAUAGCAGGUAUUGAGGCUUACAAGUACAUGAAAUUUGAAGGAGGAGUGCAUCGCGUACAGCGCGUGCCAAAGACAGAAAAACAAGGGCGCAUUCACACCAGCACAAUGACUGUUGCAAUAUUACCCCAACCCAGUGAGAUGAAACUGAAAAUUAAUCCGAAAGAUCUGCGAAUAGAAACAAAGAGAGCUAGUGGAGCUGGAGGGCAGCAUGUCAAUACCACAGAUAGUGCUGUACGGAUAGUUCAUAUUCCAACAGGGGUCACGUCUGAAUGUCAGCAAGAAAGAUCUCAAAUUAGAAACAAAGAGAAGGCUAUGCAAAUGCUUUGUGCUAAAUUAUACAACAUUAAACUGGAAGAAGAAACCAAAAAGAGAAAUAGUGUUCGAAAGAUUCAAAUUGGGACUAAAGGAAGAUCAGAGAAGAUCAGAACAUACAACUUUCCACAGGACCGGAUUACUGACCACAGGAUAAGCAGAUCAGUGCAUCAUAUUGAGAGUUUCAUGUUAGGGGAAGAAAUGCUAGAUGAAAUGAUACAAACUCUGAGGGAAUAUGCUGAUUAUGAAUCUUUGAUGGAAAUUAUUUCAGAAAAUGAAAAAUGAACCUUUCUCUUUGACAAGCCAUUUCAAUAGAUGUAGAUGCUCGUCUGCCAAAGGAACUUUUUGGAGUACCAUCCAGAGAAUAGAACUGCUUUUCAGAUCAUGAAAGAUACCACAUCUUGUUUCCUCAUGACUGAUAAACAGUUUUCUUACUUGCUGAGUAAAAGACUUUAUUGCUGCAGCAGUACAAUUAAGUAAAUUUGACUGGUCCAGAAGUAACUGCAGUUUUUAACCUUCUCCGCUGAGAAGAUGUUGAUACACCACACCCAAAAGGUAUGCAUUAAAAACGAGCUAUUUCUAGUUCCAGAUUUCAUUUAAAUGGUAGUUUGAACAUUGAUACAGUGUCAAGUAGCUUACUUGAAAUAACAAAAAAUCCCUUUUUGUUUGAGUGACAGGAAGAAAGUGAUAACUAAAUGAAAACAAUACUAAUCUGAAGACAUGUUAAUGACUUAAAAGUGACACAGGAGAGGGAGUUCUUCAAAGUGCAUCUCUUCACGUGUUCAUGGCCUGUUGGCCCUUAUUAAUCAAGCACGAAGAAUUGUUGAAGAAUAUUGUUCCUUGUUCCACAAGAGCUCUGGAAGCAAAAUGACAAGAUAUGUGGAAUCUUUUUGAAAAGAAUGGUUCUGUUCCUGAGUCAAAAUUGAAAAGAACCAAACAAUUUGUAAUGUUUAUCUUGAAGGCUGGUAUGAUUUCAAUCUCCCAUUUCAGGAGUGCAAUUUCUCCUUUGUUUUUAAAUGGCUCCAUUUUUUUUUGAUUUUUCUGAAAUUUACGUAACAUGAGUGGCAUCUUAUUAUUUUGACCUAUUCAGUUUAACAACAUCUUAAAACGUUUGAUCUGUGAAAGCAAAAUAACACUUUUUCCUUUCUAAUCUACUGAUAAAUGUGCACGUUUAUAUCUGCGGGUAAAUAUGUUUUGCAAUCCCAAAUAUAUAUAUAUAUAUAUAUAUAGUAACAGAAAACCUCCUACCUCCAUCCCAUGUUAUCCCAUCGUGCAUCAUGUAUGCAUGUGUGUAUACAUGCAGAAUAUAUUUGAACUGUAGGUACCAGUAAAUAAGAAAUCAGAACCUAAGGAAAGAAUGUUACCAUGAGUACAGAUGUUUACUUUGAGAAUUCUAAUUAAAAUUAGUGUAAGAAAUCAGAGUAGGAACAAAGUAAACGCAGCACUUUGCUACAGAUAGCUUAUUGAAAUGCAUUAUUGAAGGAUGCUAGAUAAAAUUCGGGAAGGAAUGCAAAAACAAAACUGGGUGUUAUCAGUUUAUCUUCUUUCAUUAUACGACUGCAGUUGGAACAAAAGCACAUUUAAAAAAAAUAAGUGAUUCUAUACUUUUUUAUUAAUACCUUGGUCAGCUUUAUUUUCUAGGAAAUACUGCACGGUAACGAUGAUUACAUUCCAAAUCUUCAAAUUAAAGAUGCAUACGUUAUUUUGA